AUUCUAUGCUACAGGUAUUGUUAUAUAUUUUUCUAUGUCGUAAAAUAAGAUUUCGCAGAAAUGGGAGCAGGGUUAUGCGGUGGAAAAAAGGAAGUAAAGAUGGUGCUUAUUGGACUUGAUUUAGCCGGAAAAACAUCGGUUUUAAACCGACUGAGGUUUGGAGAAGCCGGCAGCACCACUCCCACCAUUGGAUUUAAUUACGAGACGUUUGCAUACAAAAACACAACGUUUGAUAUUUGGGAUACUGGCGGUCAAGACAAACUACGAGAUUUAUGGAGACAUUAUUAUGAAGAAGUGGACGGUGUACUUUUUGUCGUAGAUUCAACUGAUGAAGGUAGACUUAACGAAGCUAGAGAUGAGCUACAAAAAGCAAUGCGUGAUAUCCACCUUAAAGACGCGUUUUUAUGCGUUUUAGCAAACAAAAGAGAUUUGGAAAAUUGUAUGCCUUCGGACCAAAUUUCCUCGGGUUUGCAAUUGUCGAAUUUCAAGGACAGAGAGUGGAAAACAUUUGAAGUCAGCGCUCUGAAGGGUGUGGGACUUUACGAUGCUUUGGAUUGGGUAUCAAGCGUCAAAAAAUGACAUUACUUUUUUAGUUAUUUAUUACAUGACUUAUAUUUCAACGUAAACAUUUUCAGUUAGAUCAUUUUACACACCACGGCAGGUUUUAGUAUAUUGUACUGAAUGAUGACUAGCCAGGCUGGUCUUUUCGGAUGUAAGUCAGUCACUAAGUUUGUACUUAAAACGCUGUCACGAACAUGUGUCUGUAGUAACUUUAUAUUGAUCCAAUAUUUAGAAAUUUAACUCGUGUAUUCGUGUUUUAAACAUAACGUAAAAUACAUUUCCAAAUUUCACUCAUGUCAUUUUCUGAUGGCCAGGCGUCGGCGAAGCUUCUUGAUGAACAUUUUAAUUGGGCAGUCAAAUCGGUACAAGCUAUUUCAAAUGUGCGGUCGAGCGUAAAAUGAGGCGAGAUCCCGGAUUUGUAACGUAUACAAAACAAGGGCAUUCCGGUCAUUCACAGUUAAGGAGAUUUCAAGGUUGGGCCACUGUUAUGGCCACGCUGAUUAAAUUAUCUUAUGCUUUGAUAAAAAGCAGUGUAUUUACUGGAACAAAGCAGGGAAUGGUUUUAGCUACCUUCAUUAUGGAAUGGGAUAUUAAAAAAUAAUUUCUGUCGCUGAAAAUAAAUUGACCACGUUCCAAGCUUGCCCAAUGAUGAGUUGUUCACAACUGGUUGCUAAAUAGAUAGUCAAUAUUUUUAGGAUUUUAUUUUGAAAUCGGAGUUUUAUAGAUUCAAUGGUGCAUCUGUCGGAAGAACUUGAAAGCGAAUUCAAUUUUUUCUUUGUCAGAUCAAUCUUUACCAGCGACCAGGUCUGUGACUCCUUGAUGUAUUUUCCCAGCAAUGACUGCGGUUUAUUAUAAUCUAUUAAAAAAUCUCGCGUCACCGAUGAAGCAAUAUCACACCAGGCUAUUUUAAUUUCAAGAUGGUUUUAUUUCCUUGUUUCGUAUUUGGAUAACCAAUAAAGGUUCAAUAUGAA